AUGGCACAAGGCUCAGGAAAUCUACAAAAGGUCGAGACUCUCCAGGCCAGUUGCGUCGAGCCUGGCACGUCGACAUCGAAAAUGGUCUAUGUACCGCCAACCGAGGCACAGUACAAUGAGAUCCUCGCCAGACUCGACGAAAUGACCGCCAGGGUUGAGAAGAUAGAAACCCGACUGGAGACUCGAAUACAGCAACAAGAGGUUCGAAUUCGACGCCUCGAGCGCGGUAUACAAUGGGCUAUUCAACGGAUCAAGUGGCUGUCGCAGUCGGUAACGGCGCUGGGGGAAAUCGUCAGGACCAACUCCGGCACUCUCUUAUCCUUUUUGAAUCAUUCCAAUGACUCGAGGUGA